GAAAAAUGGCGGGUGGAUCGCGGAAAGUCGGCGGCAGCGUUCCCGGGAAAGGGACUAGACUCACGGCAGCAAGGGAGGGCGAACUAUCAUCGCCCUUGCCCAUCAAGCCAUUGCCCAGUACCACUGCACGAAAGGAGAAGGUGAAGGUCCGCCACGUCAAGCACUUUCUGGACAAGAUCAUUUGGGGCCGCGAAGACCAAGCCAUCAAACAUCCGUACUACAUCAAGUUCUUGGACAAGACGCAGUUCACGAUGGGAGUACUGGGAGUCAUGAUCACGCAGUACUUUGUGGUGGCUCGGCCAGGCCACUUUUGGAUGUGGUACCUCUUCUGCACCCCCGUAGUGAUUGCACUUCGCAUCAUGCACUUCAAGCGAGUUGGGUGGCAGUACUUCCUCCUGGAUUUUUGUUACUUUGUGAUUCUUCUAUCCAUUCUACACGUGACGCUGCUUUACGAUCCGAGCACUUCCCAUCGCGUACUGUUCCGCAUCCUCUUCAUCUACGCGAACGGUCCGCUUGUAUGGGCCGUCGUCUUGUGGCGAAAUUCUCUCGUCUUCCACGACAUUGACCGUAUGAGCGGUGUAUUCAUCCACAUCAUGCCGUGCUUGCUCUACUACUGCGCGCACUGGCACGGUUGUCUCACGUCGGCGUGGUUUACCGAACCGGUGUAUUUUCUCCCGCCGUCCCAACCUCGCGACGCCAUCGACACCUUCGACUUUGCGCUGGCAACGCUUGGAUACUUGGUAUGGCAAGUGCUAUACUUUGUCAAGACGGAAGUGAUCGAUCGCAAGACGUUGGAGGCGCGCCCCGACCUGCUUACGUCGCUCCGGUGGCUCACCACAGACCAGAAGAACGCAUUCAGUCUGUUGGUGUUGGCAAUCUGCCGAUGGCUCGGCAUCAUGGGGCCCACCGAAGCGUACGAUGCACGGUCCAUCAAGACCAAAUUGAUCUUUGUCACGGGGCAGUUGGUGUACACGAGCAUGACGUUUGUGCCAACUCCAUUACUCUUCACAUCGCAUCCGCUGCACUCUUUGUAUAUUCAGCUCAUCUUCGUCGCGGCCGUGCACAACGGGGCGUCGUACUACAUCGAAGUGUUUGCUAAGAUGUAUCACAAUAAGCUGCACCUCUUGUCCCAAACCGAACUUUCGACAGGAGCGUUGGCCCCCCCCACGGCAGCCGCGAUGUCCACGAAAGGCGACUACGAUGAAAUGUAA